AUGGGAACGCGAACCGUCCAUGUAACUUCCUUGUGGAGAAGCAUAGGACGGAGUACGGUCUGCGACACUCGUCCUGCGCUGCUGCGACAUUUGGUCAUAUGUAUCUCGCAUCCCAGAGCGCGACAACACCCAAUAGCGUUCUGGGAAUACUACAGAAUUGUUAGCUCAUGUGUCCUACAAGGCAAAAAACACAUUCGACGUGUAUGUCGGUGUUUGCAAAGCCUAGACCACCACCCUAUCCACCCACCUAUUGUACGAAACCUCACAGGAGCAGCAGUAUUGCACCUCAACAUAAUCAUAAUCGGCAGCAUAACAUCAGUGUUCAACAGUGAUGCUUCACUGCCGUGCAAUCAUGAUUUAUUUGAAAGCCUUACUGUGAAGAAAAGAAUAAAGGUGAACGGGGAAGGGACUUAG